CCCUGUCCCCUUUGUGCCCCUUCUCCCUUUUCCUCUCUCCUCCCCUGGCUUGGAGUCCCUUCUCACCUCUAACUCCCUUCGGCUCGGCCUCCCUGUCCCUUCACGGCCCGCUGGUCUCCCUGCCCGAGUCCUGAGCCACCAUGCUGACCCCAAUGGUGGCUGGGGGGGUGGUGUUCCCCGGACUCUUCCUCCUCUCCAAGAACACGCUCCAGCGGCUGCCCCAGCUGCGCUGGGAGGAGGCCGACGCGGUCAUUGUCUCAGCCAGGCUAGUGUCCUCUGUCCAAGCCAUCAUGGCCUCCACGGCAGGCUACAUCGUUUCCACCUCCUGCAAGCACAUCAUUGACGAUCAACACUGGCUCUCCUCUGCCUACACGCAGUUUGCAGUGCCCUACUUCAUCUAUGACAUUUACGCCAUGUUCCUCUGUCACUGGCACAAGCACCAGGUCAAAGGGCACGGAGGGGAUGAUGGGGCCGCCAGAACCCAGGGCAGCACGUGGGCCGUGGCGCGCGGCUACCUGCACAAGGAGUUCCUCAUGGUGCUCCACCAUGCUGUCAUGGUGCUGGUGUGUUUCCCGCUCUCGGUGGUGUGGCGACAGGGCAAAGGGGAUUUCUUUCUGGGCUGCAUGUUGAUGGCAGAGGUCAGCACCCCGUUCGUCUGCCUUGGCAAGAUCCUCAUCCAGUACAAGCGGCAGCACACGCUGCUGCACAAGGUGAAUGGGGCCCUGAUGCUGCUCAGCUUCCUGUGCUGCCGGGUGCUGCUCUUCCCCUACCUGUACUGGGCCUAUGGGCAGCACGCGGGCCUGCCACUGCUCGCCGUGCCCCUGGCCAUCCCGGCCCACGUCAACCUGGGCGCCGCGCUGCUGCUCGCCCCACAGCUCUACUGGUUCUUCCUCAUCUGCCGCGGGGCCUGCCGCCUCUUCCGGCCCCGGGCCUCCUCACCGCCCUCACCCUGUCAGACCCAGGACUGAGGGCGGCGCCUGGGACCUCCCCAUCCCCACCCCGCAGGGACCUGUCCCUGGGACUGAUGGGGCAGUUGGAAGCCAGAGGCCUCUUGCCUGGACAGCCCCAGGACUGACAGAUGGACUCAGAAGGGGGAGGGGGCACCUUCCCUUGGGCUGAGGAUGGGGAUCAGGUGACAGGAAGGCAGGGAGGGGGGAACCCCUUUUCCCCACAGUGUCCCUUCUUGCACGCGCUGUGCUGGAGAAGUGAAGGAAAGAAGGAGGGGCCACUUCCCACCCGCUUAGGGCUGAGGGCUUGUGGGGAGAUGGUGGGGGACUCACGGGGACCAGGAGUGAUAGAACGUGGGGGAGGCCCCGCUGCCAAGGACAUCCAGCCCCUCUGCUGCAGACCCCUCUGUCUUGGGGAGGGAAAGGACAACUAACCAAACCUCGUGGGCCUCAGAAGGGGCCAGUUGUCCCCCGCAGCUCCUCUCCAGGGGAGGCCAGACUGAAGAAUCUUAUUUAUUCAUUUGCCCAAAUUCAAACUAGUUUGUGGGGCACGGGGAGGUGGCUGCUACCCCCCAGCCUUCCCAGUGCUGAGCACCCCUGGGGCAAGGGGAUGCCCUAUCCCUCCCCGUUAGGCCGCACAUCUUGCCCUCGGGCCCUGGCAUGUCCCUGGUGCUACAGACCUCUCCAGGCUUCCUCCAGUCUGGGUUGGGGGACCCUGGGAGGUGCUUUACAGACCGCUAAUAAAGACGAUCUGCCUGAAUGCCACCAA